GUGUUUUUCUGAAACCUUUUUCCUUCUAAUUAUAUCCUUUUUUAUGCAUUUCCAACAGCCGCAUUACCGAGUGUCACUUGCUACGACACUAGUGAUAUCUAACCGAUAAUGUUGAUUUCACCAGGGCAACAACUACGCAGGCGUGCUUCAGAGUACUCAGAGCCAACGUACUCAAGAAAAUCCUCCAAAACAAGCUUCGAUAGCGGCGUGCGAGCAAUGACGUUGAAUACAUACGAUAAUAACGAUGUAGGAGUGCCCACUACUGGUGAUAUGGCGCUUUCACGUGGCAGUAGCGUUGUGAGCAAUAGGGGCCCCAUGGUACGAUAUAACACGGCUCCUGAACAGCAUGAGCUGACUCAAGUAUGUGAUCCAAUGGUCGCCAUAUCGAAAUGCACGCCAAUGAUGCCGCUGGGUUAUCCUUCAGCCGUAGCAGAUAUUUCGUCACCGCGACAGCAGUCAUCUACGGUGUUCAUGCCUUCACCCACUGUCACCGACCCACGUCCUACAUCAACCAUAGGCCAUCAACAGCAACAGCAGCAUUCCAGCUUGCCUUAUCACUUGCAGGUACCAGUAAGAUCAUCAAGACAAGUUUCGUUCUCAAUGACAGAUGGUCCAGCAAGCACGUCACCUCCACCAUCCCCAUAUAAUCAUUAUGGUCGCCCUAUCCCGCGAAAGUCAUCUCAUGAUCAGCAACAGCAGCAACAACAACAACAACAACAACAACAGAACGAUUACUGGCAACAGACACAUCAUCAACCACAGCGAGCAAGAGACGAUGCCGUCUAUCGAGAUACUUCCGAGCAGCAUUUCCCAUCACACCCACCUGCUACUGAAGGAUAUCACAAUAUUCCACCACAACAAGAGCAUCAGCCGCAAGGACCGGUUUCUGCACCACUACCAACACAAUCGCCAGUGCCGCCUCAACAGCACAGCAAUAUGAUGAUAUUCUCCCAGCAGCAGUCGACUCCAGUUGCAUUGGAGGCUACUAAGGUUAUAACUUCACCGCCAGCAGUUAUUGACCCCAAACCGCAUAUGGUGUACACAACAACUCCUCAAGUUCACCAUCCUUUGGCUGCUUCCAAGGACUUUCAUCAUCAUCACCAUCCUCACCAUCCCCAUCCUAUGCAGCAACCCACUAGCCAACUGGAGUACUAUUAAAAUAUGGGCAACGAUAUCAACAACAGCCAUUCUAUCUGCUCAAGCACACACUCUCUCGCUAUACCUGUCUUUCUCCCUCUUUCUUUUAUCUUGUUUUAACGUUACCCUUUGCAUAAUCCCUCCAAUUACACCUACCACAACAACAUUUUUGACACUCUCAGCCUCUCACAUGCAUCUCUUUUCUGACUUUAGUUAUUACUCUAUUAUUAUUUUCUUUUUUCUUCUUUAUUCCUUGUUGUCUAUGCGCAUCCUCAUAUUACGGUUUCUCACUUUUUUAAGCUCACAUUUUCUUUUUUGGGUUAUCUUGCGUUUGCAUUUUUUCUGUAAAACUUCUCUCU